AUGAAGUUGACAGCCUUUAUCAGUCUCUGGUUGCUGACUCUAUGCUACACAGCUCUGGCUGCCGAGGUCGUCCCCAGGUCCACCUUCACUGAGGUAACCGACUACGGCGACAACCCGACAGGUACUCGCAUGUGGCUUUACGUUCCUAAGACCCUAGCACCAAAGCCUGCGGUAGUAGUUGGCAUCCAUUGGUGUACCGGUAGUGCUCAAGCAUACUAUCAGGGCACCCGGUGGGCAUUCUACGCCGAGACAUACGGUUACAUCGUAAUUUAUCCUCAGACACCGUACACCCAGGACAAAUGCUGGGAUGUGGCAUCAAAGAUGACCUUGACUCAUGACGGUGGUGGUGCUAGUAACUCUAUAGCCAACAUGGCCAAGUUUGUCAUCAAGGAAUAUAGUGCCGAUAGUAGCAGGGUAUUUGUUACGGGUACUUCCUCUGGUGCCAUGAUGACCAAUGUCAUGGCUGCCGCCUACCCCGAUAUUUUUGCAGCAGGAAUCGCAUACGCAGGUGUCCCGGCAGGUUGCUUUAGGAGCGAAGACGACAUCCCCGACUACUGGAACUCAACAUGCGCUACUGGACAGUCCAUCUAUACCCAAGGUCAAUGGGCCAAUGUGGUUAAGAAUAUGUAUCCUGGAUAUAAUGGGCCACGACCAAAAAUGCAAAUCUACCACGGGUCAGUAGAUGAAGUGUUGAAUGUACAGAACUAUUACGAAACCAUUAAACAAUGGACUGGUGUGUUUGGCUAUCCAGCUGAGCCAGAAUCUACAACUGCCAACGUCCCACGGAGUCCGUAUACUCGAUACGUUUUUGGCGACAAGCUACAGACAUUUUUGGGCCAGGGUAUUACUCAUAAUAUUGAUGUGUUCCCAGAAGAAGAUUUGAAAUGGUUUGGCUUUACUGAUCCAGUGACACCAUCGCCCACUAUUACUGCCACCGUACCUACGAACACUGGUGGUUCGGAGGGAUCUCCUCAAUGGGGUCAAUGUGGUGGCAUGGGUUGGACAGGUCCUAAACAGUGCGCAACUCCCUAUAGCUGCGUUAAGAUUAACGACUGGUAUUCUCAGUGUCAAUAA